AUGAAUCUCAACCUCUCUGGCACGGUCAACGUGUUCAAACUUCUCUUCAAGCCCACGCUGUGUCUGCCGCAGCAUACGGUCGCGACGUUCAACGACCUGCCGAUCCCAUUUGAAAAAGCCUUUGAGGGCCAGAAUCGGAAAUGCGACAUCAGGGCCGUGGUGCUCGACAAGGACGACUGCUUCGCGGUUCCCCACACGAAUGAGGUCCACAAACCUUACAAGGAGCGCUUCGAGCAGCUCAAGGCCGCCUAUCCCGGCAGACGACUGGUCAUCGUCUCCAACACGGCGGGGGCGACGUCUUACGACAGCUCCCUCAAGCUGGCCAAGGAGCUGGAAGAGGCCACCGGCAUCACCGUACUGCCUCACAAGACGAAGAAGCCCGGCUGUGGCUCCGAGAUUAUGGAGUACUUCCAGCAGCACCCCGAAACGGGCGUCUCCCAUCCGUCCCAGAUUGCAGUCGUCGGCGAUCGCUUGACCACCGACAUGAUGCUGGCCAACAUGAUGGGUGGCUGGGGGUUCUGGAUUAGGGAGGGUGUCGUUGCCCCUGAGAAGAAGAGCAUUCUCUCGAGACUUGAAUGGCGCUUGGCAGCAGCGUUGACUGCGAGGGGGUACAAGCCAGCAGACCCUCAGAGUCCUUUCGAAUAGGUGUGCACGAUGUAUUUCUCUUGCAGCCGGUCUUCGACUUGGAUUCAAAGGGCUGGGUGCAGCGUUGUGCUGCUCGUCUCAGUCGAAGUUGUUCUCCAAGUUCAAAGAGAGUCAAGCUCCAACUCUCCACAAGCCCUUUGCAGACGACUUUGGUGUGCGAAAGUGGUACUGUAGGC